UGGACUGACCUGCACAUCAUGUACAUCUGCCUCUAUAAUGGCUUCCGCUGGUGGCAUCAGUCAGUCUUAAGUGCAAAGACCAGCGGACCCAAACACAACUCCAUCAAGCUCUUCCUGAGUGAGUGCUGGAUAAACUCAGCAGUCUAUAAAUGACGCAUGGAGAGAUCCUGGAUUUAACUUUAAAUUAUUUUGGACCAGACUUAGUACAUCAUGGAAAUCAGAUCUGACCUUUGACUUCCAGACCAAAGAGAAGCCAAUUCAAGCUGGUGGAAGAUGGAGAAGCUUGGAAUUCUGCUUUUUGCUUGGUGUACCACACUGUAAACAAUGGAGACAUCUGGAUUACCUGCAGCACCAGAGCUUAAUGAAACCCAACUUAAUGAGACACUGAGCCAUGGCCACCCCAUGCAUCUGGCACCCAGCAUGCAAUUAGGGAGCAUGUCCAACCCGCAGUCACGUUUGCAAGACACGAUGGGGCUUGUUAUCAUGGUUACGCUUAAUGCGGUAGCACUCUUGGCUAACAGUGGCGUUUUAGCAGUAGUAAUAAAAGUGCCCCAUCUCCGCAAGUUCAUUUUAGUCUGUCACCUGUGCAUUGUGGAUUUGUUAUGUGCCGCCCUGCUCAUGCCUCUUGGCAUUGUCUGCGGCUCACCAUUCUUCGCUGGGGUCGUUUUUUCUGUACUUGAAUGCAGGUUGUACGUAUUCCUGAAUGCCUUUUUAAUAUCUGCCUCGAUAUUCACAGUUACUGUAAUCAGCGUGGAACGCUACUUCUACAUUGUACAUCCCAUGCGGUAUGAGGCUAAGAUGACCCCAUGCUUAGCUGCUGCCAUGAUGGGACUGGUUUGGGUGGCGUCUACUCUGCUUGGACUUGCUACCGUCUUUGGGUGGCCCAAUUACGGUAGCCGAAGCUCCAUUGCUGCAACUCACUGCUCUCUGCAUUGGAGCCACAGCGGACAUCGACGACUAUUUGCCAUCCUUUUCUGCGGCGUUUGCUUUUGCGUACCAGCAGCCAUCAUUCUUGCCGUCUACGCGAAUGUCUAUAAAGUUGCCCACUUGGCCGCCCAGGAAAGGGGGCCAAUCCCUAGCUGGACGAUGGCAACUUCACACCCAAAACGUAGGUCUGAUUCUGUCAACAGCCAGACCACAAUCAUAACCACAAGCACUAGUGUCCGCAGAGUUCCUCAGAGAAAGAAGAGAACUUUGGUUGGAGGGAAAGCGGCACUUACUUUGGCCAUCAUCGUGGGACAGUUCCUGCUCUGCUGGCUGCCUUAUUUUGCCUUUCACUUGCAUUUGUCACUGGGUUUCUCGCAUAGUACUUCAGAAGAAGCAGAAGGACCAGUAACUUGGCUAGCGUACUCAACAUUCACAGUAAACCCGUUUUUUUAUGGGCUGCUCAACCGUCAGAUCAGGGAAGAGUUAUGUAAGAUGUUCCUGUGUUGCCGAUCAAAUGGCAGGCCAGUGCGGCCCUCGGCGUCUGGCCAUGAACGCACAGGGCAUGAAGACUUUUUUCAUUUCUUUCACAAAAGCAGUGGUGGGGAAGGAACUAGAUGCAGCUACCACCACACGGCUACAACAAGGCUGGACCAAACCAGCUUUAGGAUACCAGGACAAAUACCAGAAGAGGUUACCUAAAUUUUAUGAAAUUGUCCCUAACUAAGAAUGUGUUAAACUUGAGUGAGGAGUUCUAUACAUACCAUCACACAUAUAUGGCAGUUAAUAACUGGGCCCCACAAAAUAAAGUCACACAUAUGUGUUUCUGCAACAGCCAGUUACGUUACAAGCUGCCAGAUUCAAAUUGGCUUUCGCGUCGACACAGGCUGCACUGGUCAAGCGUCUGUAAUUUAUAUUCGCUCCAACAGUUACUCAUACAGUCUUUUAAACCACAGAAUAAGUUUAUUUUAUAUACAUACAUCCAUACAUUCUGAAACAGGCAGCCAAACUAUCACAAAAACACCACAACAACAGUUUAAAACUUGUAUACUCACAGUGAAAACAUGCUGAUCGAGCAUGAUUAUCCAAUGCACGCAGCCAAGUCUGUUUACAUUAGCGCUUGUCACACACACACACACACACACACACACACACACACACACACACACACACACACACACACACACACACAGUGUCUGAGAAGUCAAACAGUGCAUAUAGGCAAACCGGAGUGCUGAUAUUAUUUGUUCAUUUGUUUUUUACAGCUAUAAAAAUGAAAUAAAACAAGUACAGUACAGCAGACAUAACCCAUUUGUACACGUUUACUAUAUUAUAUACAGUAUUUAUUUUUAUUUUUUUUUAUGACAAGAAAUCUAAAAUUUAAAAUACUUGUCUACACUAUGCCCCCUCUACCGGCUGUGCAGUGUCACGUGCAAAAAUAACUCACUCCAGGGGGCACUGCAGGGGAAUUUAGAGCCUACUCAUGAAAAGGUUAAAACCAUGCAAAUUGUAAUUUUUUUGAGUUUUAAAAAGAUAGUUAACCCAAAAACUAUCUGUUCACCUUUGCUUUAAAGUCAACAUGAAACAACAUUCACAAGCCAUUUUACUUCCAUAAUGUGAUGCAUUUCAAAGUGAAACAGUAUAUUUAAUGAGAAAAAAAUGUCGGGUGGGACUUGGUUUUAUAUGUCGGAAACUGAUUGGAUCAUUAAAAGUUGUCUCUACAUGACAGGCUGAUUAUGUGGGUAAAAGUAAAGUUGUUUCAGAGAUGGAGCAAGUUGUUACAUUUUGAUGACACAUCACAAAGAAAAAUGUUGUAUUUCUUUGGAAUAAUGUUCACUAUGUAAUCACUCACAAUAAGGCCAGGAAUGUGUUUUAAGAAAAUAAACAGGAUUAUGUUGACUUUAAAAGGGCAAUACUUACUGUAACUGGAAACACAGCGACAAAGGCCUUCAACCAAUCACAACGAUUCCAAUUGCUGACUCCACCUGCAUGUUACAAACACACUAAGGUAUGAAUGGCACUGUCUUAGCAAUUAUGACCUGCACAGACUGUAUGGAUUUAUUUGAUGCCUACAUGUUUAUGUCAUCAAGCUUAAAGCUAAUGUAAUUUCUGCGACACUAGUGCCACUGAAUGGAACUGCAUAAAUUAGUGGUGGUGGGGGUGGGGGUUGUGUCGCUGUCCUUUUCUGCAUAUUGCUGCCCAUUUCAGCUUAUUGCGGCCCAUUCGGCCCCGUUUUGCGGCGGCCCACCGGGAAAAAUCCCGGUUCUCCCGAUGGCCAGUCCGCCCCUGCCCCUCGCCUGCAGUUGUUUAAACAGUCAGAGUGGGUAGCUCAAAACAAACACAGGAAUUUUUAUAGUGCCACAGGGACAUAGUGUUUACAGUUUUUGAGAAAAUUAACCUAUGAAUAGCUUACUUAUAGUUGUCUCUGCAUAUUAAGCUGGGAUAGAAGAAAGUAUUUUAACACUGAAAAGGUGACAUACAUCAGCUUUAACAAAGCUAAUUUAUUUAAGUUGAUCUUUUUUGAGCAUAACAGAAAAUGCAUUAUUUUAUUGUGUUACAUCACAACUUAUUCUAUAUUAAAAUUGCUAUAGUAAAAUAAAUGACAAAAAUACUAGUUUCUUUUCAGCAAGAUAUACAGAAAUCGACUGUUUAAAAACACUACAUGAGCUGUGCGGGCAAAGCAAGGCAAGUGAAUAAAAAGCUUUGUACAAGAUAGAAAUGACAAAAAAUGUUGCACUAUUGUAACAAACUAUUUGUACAUACAGUAUGUAUUUCUAUAUUUAUGAUGCACAGAGUUUAUGACAUCAUCUGUCUGAUGUAUUUUUUUUUUCUACUGUUCUUACUGUAGACACAUGGCUGUCAUAAGAGACAACACCAUAUUGUUUUGUUGUGCAAUAAAGACACUAGUCACA